AAUAAUCUUUCCUUACUCGUUAUCAAUGACGACUUAUUUCUUUAUCUUUGGUACAUUGGUACGGUAUCGGUAGUAAUGUACUUGAAUAUUUUUCAAAUUUUUGAUUCAUCAAGUUGUCAACUCUUAAAUUAUCAAUUUGACUAUGUUUCUAUCUCUUCUCCUCCAUACCAUUUUAUUGUUAUCGAUCUAUCAAUCCCAAUUGUUCUAUUAUUUACUCAGUUGUAACUUUUUAGAAAUAGGUUGAUUGGCUUUGAACAAAUUCAUUGGCUCUGGUUGGUGUAGUAAGAUAUUCGACUAAUGGUUGAACUUCGAUUCCGCAGCCAAUCUUCUCUAUCAAGAACUCAAAUCUUAUUCUAUUUUAAAUAGCUAGACUUCCAAUCCAGAUGGCUAAUCAAGUCCGUAACUAUCAUAAGCGCAGUACAGUAUUUGAGAAUUGAGACAUCUCUCCUCGCAUUAUGAUUUUUUGAAUUGACUGUGACUCUUCAACUCCAAAUGAAGAUGGGAAAACAUCCUCUUACCACAGGUGCAUUAUUCUACUUGAUGGUUAUUUCUUUGCAACUAUGCAAUGGCUCUGACCCUGCUCCAAAUUGUGAGAAGCCUCAACUUGAGAUUCAGGUUUCUCCAGUGAAAAAGAUGAUUCAAAUCUACUGGAAUUUUCAUAAAGAGGUGGAGAAUGGGUGGAUUGGGAUUUAUUCACAGCCGCCUGAUCUUAAUGAUCCAGUAAAGAAUAGAGUUUAUGAGCCAAUUCCAAUUGUCAAACAGAUGGGAUGGACAAUUACAAAUAUUAAAUCAGUGGAUCUCGAUAGUAUUGAACUCAAGUUUGAUGGUCCGACUCAACUGGGAUUUUAUGCUUGUGCCUGGAGAAAAAAUAAUGGAAGAGAUGAAGCUUUCCUGACAACUGAUCAACGUACGUAUCCAAGGUGGAUGGAGAACUACUGGGAGUAUAUACAUGCUGAACCUCUCAACAUGCUUUUCUUACCUGGAACUCACGACUCGGCUAGUUUUGAAGGCCACCAUGAAGCAAGAUCUGUAUGGGAUAGUAUAAAAAAAUCCACUCCAGGAAUUUCAGACCAGUCUUUUUGUCAGGACUCAAGCAUUAAGGAGCAGUUAAUGUUGGGUGUUCGAUAUUUUGAUGUGAGAGUGAAAAGAGAUGGCAAUGAUUACUGGACAUGUCAUGGAAUCAUCACAAUGGAAAAGCUUGAUAAAGUCAUUGCUGAUGUUGUUGAAUUUGUGACAAAGACUAGCAAAGAAAUUGUGAUUUUCGAUGUUCAUCAAUUGGUAUCCGGUGUUGUAUCUGAUGAUGAGCAUAGAAACUUGGCGAAUUUCUUAAAAAAUAAGUUCACAGUCGAUAACCACCCAAUCUAUGUUAAUCCAAGCGAUUUUGGUUAUGCACCUUGGAAAUCAACUCCUGACCAAAUUCUAGCCAAAGGAAAGGUGAUCGUUGCCUAUAUCAAUGUUGAGUUUCAAAGGAAGGACAAUUGUGGCAUUCUUUGGCCCAAAGUUUAUCAGUACUGGGGAGAAAAAACGGCACUUCAGGAUCUGCAAAAAUUCAUUUAUGAAAAGAUUCCAGGACGUAUCCAAAGGAAUGAAUUCACUGAUAGGCUGACAGUGAUAAUGGCCGAGCUGACGGGGGAUUUGAAGUCGACCAUCAUGUAUGCUGCAUAUGGAUUGGACGAUCAAGCUCAGGAUAACGACGACCACAUCCAGCAGUGGUUCCUCGAUCCUCAGAUCGGCAUGAACACCAAUGGAGUGGCUGUUGAUUACUUUCGCUCAUCAGGCAUUUUAAGACUUGCUAUUAUGUGGAAUGAGCGCAAAUUCUUUAAAACCAACAAUUGUGACCCACCCCAGAAAUUCUGCGAUGAAUACUAUCAAAAAAUAUUAAUCAAUAUCUAAAGAUUUGGAGGAUUAUUUUUUAUGCGGAUGUGUGUGAUCAAUUUCUGCAGUAUAAGUUCUUAAGUAGAGGCUACGCGAUUCUUUGCAAUUUAUUUGAAAAUUAGUUCAGCAAUCUUAAUAAAUAUUAUGAUUAACUCAA